CAUUAUUUCGAUCACACAAAAUAUCAACCAUCUCUCAUUACAAUUUUCUCAUAUAAACCAUCUUCUUCUUGAGUUACUUACAACUGCAUUAUUUUGAAGUCGAAAAACUUAGAUACACGAUGGCUGGUGGAGGAUUUUCAACCUCCGGUGGUGGAGGAACACAUUUUGAGGCUAAAAUUACACCUAUUGUUAUCAUCUCUUGUAUUAUGGCUGCUACUGGAGGUCUUAUGUUUGGUUAUGAUGUUGGAGUUUCUGGCGGCGUUACAUCAAUGGAUCCAUUUUUGAAAAAAUUCUUUCCAGUAGUUUACAAGAGAACAAAGGAUCCAGGGAUUAACAGUAAUUACUGCAAGUACGAUAAUCAAGGGCUGCAAUUAUUUACUUCAUCUUUGUAUCUGGCUGGUUUAACGUCAACGUUUUUUGCGUCUUACACGACAAGAAAGCUUGGUCGGAGAUUAACUAUGUUGAUCGCCGGUUGUUUUUUCAUUGUUGGAGUUGUACUAAAUGCUGCAGCUCAAGAUUUGGCUAUGCUUAUUAUUGGAAGGAUUCUUCUUGGUUGUGGGGUUGGUUUUGCUAAUCAGGCGGUUCCACUAUUCUUAUCAGAGAUAGCACCUACCAGAAUACGUGGAGGACUUAACAUUUUGUUUCAACUUAAUGUAACUAUUGGCAUUCUUUUCGCCGAACUCGUCAACUACGGAACAGAAAAAAUAAAAGGAGGAUGGGGAUGGAGAUUAUCAUUGGGAUUAGCAGGUUUCCCAGCAUUGCUAUUGACCUUGGGUGCACUAUUUGUGGUAGAAACACCAAACAGUUUGAUAGAAAGAGGUUAUUUAGAAGAAGGCAAAAAAGUACUUAGAAAAAUCCGAGGAACUGACAACAUUGAACCUGAAUUCUUGGAGCUUGUCGAGGCUAGCCGUAUUGCUAAAGAAGUCAAACACCCUUUCAGAAAUCUACUCAAAAGUAAAAAUAGACCUCAAUUGAUCAUCUCAGUUGCACUCCAGAUAUUCCAGCAAUUCACAGGAAUCAACGCCAUUAUGUUCUACGCACCCGUCUUAUUUUCAACACUAGGGUUCGGAAGCAGUGCAGCCCUAUACUCAGCCGUGAUCACCGGAGCGGUCAACGUUCUCUCCACCGUAGUCUCUGUCUACUCUGUAGACAAGCUCGGACGACGAUUCCUCCUCCUAGAAGCCGGGGUCCAAAUGUUAAUAUCUCAAAUAGUAAUUGCGAUAAUCCUAGGUAUCAAAGUAACGGACCAUUCAGACAACCUUAGCCACGGUUGGGGUAUCUUCGUAGUGAUCAUGAUCUGCACGUACGUGUCUGCAUUCGCGUGGUCAUGGGGCCCGCUAGGAUGGUUAAUUCCUAGUGAAACAUUCCCAUUGGAAACACGUUCGGCUGGACAAAGUAUUACUGUAUGUGUCAACUUGUUAUUUACGUUUGUUAUGGCACAAGCAUUUUUAUCUAUGCUUUGUCAUUUCAAGUACGGGAUAUUCUUGUUCUUUUCGGGGUGGAUUUUCGUGAUGUCGUUGUUUGUUUUCUUCUUGUUGCCCGAGACGAAGAAUGUUCCCAUUGAGGAGAUGACGGAGAAGGUAUGGAAGCAGCAUUGGCUGUGGAAGAGAUUUAUGGUGGAUGAUGAUGAUGAUGUUGACGUUGUUAAGAAGAAUGGACAUGCUAAUGGAUUUGAUAAUGUUGCCUUGUAAAAAAAUA